CCUGUUUUGAUUACAGCAAACGUUGAAAGGUUGAUAACAGGGCAGCUAGCUGCAGGGAUUACUGUUAAUAGAGUUUCUUCACACAUUCACCCCACAAGAGCAGUCAGCUUAUAAUCCAUGACUUUCUACACGUGGUCGGCAUGGACAACCGUUGUUAUUGUUGUGCAUCAAAGUUCAGUCUCUUCAAGAAGGAGCUGGGAUGUAAGAGCUGCGGCCGCUCCUUCUGCUCCAGCUGUUUGACUUUCAGUGCUGUGGUGCCUCGCUGUGGCAACACCCAGCAGAAGGUCUGCAAACAGUGCCAUGGUAGUCUCACAAGUGGAGAAUCUCCAAACAGUGGUGGAAAAUGGUCUCCUCCUGAAAAUUACAAAAAACGGGUUGCUGCAUUUGAGGCCAAACAGUCGUCACAGCCUCUAGCACAAGGAAGCAAUAGAAACAGUAAAGCAGGCCAUCUGCCAACCAGAGGCCUGAGUAAAGAAGAUCAGGCUAUUGCUGAAAGACUUCAAAAGCUGAAGGAGGAUACUGCACCAAAGUCCAUCCCCUCUGAGAAAGAGAUUGAGUCUCGCCUUGCUGCUCUGAAAGCUCCCAGCCGGCCAGUGCCUUCUGCAGGAGAGAUGGAGGACCGCCUGGCUGUUCUACGGGGUCAGACUCCACCAUCUCAAGCUCCUCCACCUGUGCACCAGCCUCCAGAUAACAGGACUCAGAUUGAACAAGCCAAUGAUCUGAUUACUCAGAUGACAGAGGAAGUUGCCAUAGACGACCAGCAAUCAAAUCCUGAAUGCAGUGUAGAUGGCCGUAUGAAUGAUCUCAACAAGGGGGAGGGGGGCACAUUGGAUGAGAAUCUGGAGGAGAACCAGGAGGCGGACAAGCCGUUGGAGACUGAGAAGGCCCGUGUCCUGGAGGAGGCCAUGGAGGAGCUGAGGAAGGAGCGCCAUUCCCAGGAUCAGAUCCUCCACAUGGCCAAGAGGAUGGCACAGCUGAAGGGGCAGGACCCAGAUAAAGUUACUAUGGAGGACUUCCAGCAUCCUGACAGUGAUGAGGAGACCGAGGAAGAAUCUGUGAUGAGAGUGUUAAAACAGCUGUCUGAAGAGGCUGCGUUGGAUGAGGCCAGUGGCUACAACAUACCUUUAGAACACAGUGGACCAAAGAACAUAGAAAAGAAAAAAUCUUCUAAGAAACCGGCUCCAGCACCCAAGAGUAGGAUUUCACCGGCUGCUGUUCCACAUCAGCCAUCAGACAGUGAUGAGGAGGAGUUUCCAUGGUGCUGCAUCUGUAACCAUGACGCCACUAUUCGCUGUCACACCUGUGAUGGAGACCUAUACUGCAACCGCUGCUUCAGGGAAGGCCAUGAUAAAUAUGACAGGAAGGAGCAUCGCACCGCUAACUACACUGCGCCAAAGAAGAAGAGGAAGACAUAGCGCGACUUCGCUGUAGAUGUUUGCCUUAUCAGGCUCUGGUCAGUCAUCACUGUUAGGCUUGUACUUUUAGACUUAAGUGACCUAUUAUUGUUAAUAAAACUGUCUGAGAAGAUUUAAAAACUACCUAUUAUGUAAAUCAAGCCAGAACCCCUAACUUUAACCCCAGCUUAUCUUAUCCAAUCAGGCUAUAAACAUGCGUCUGUGUAGACCACAGAAUGAGCAGCAUCUUCUUUCUGUAAUUGCUAACAGGGAUGUAAAUGAACUGAAAAACAAUGGGUAACAUUUAUGGCAAAGCAAAGCCUAAAAAAAAUAGACAUACACUUUAAUGUAAUGCAAUAUGUAUAAUAUGAAAAACAUAGUUCCUAUGUUAUCUGUAAUGCUAUUUUAGCAAAACUGCACAGCCAACAAGUUUUAAACUGUCCAACCGAAUAAGAAGCUUGGAAGUGUUUUUCUUAUGUCACUUGUCCUACUUCCCAAAGGCAACAAAGGCUCAUCUCAGACGCACUUUGCACUUGUCAUCGUUUGAUUAUUAUAAAAAAAAAAAAAAAAAGAUUGACAGCACAUAAAGCAGAAAGCAGCCACAUCACGAGCUCAUCUGGGAUAAUGUGCAAUCCCAGACUGCUGUCAGCUCUGGACUGAAGAAGUACAGAGGAGUCAGUAUAAAAGGAUUACUGAGGGCUUUGUUUUCUUUUGGCAGGCACCGCAGUCGCUCUUGUAAUAUACGUUUGGCUGCGAGUGUGACAUGAGCGUUGCCUUUAUCGUCCUUGUGUGUAAUUCCAUUAUAAAGGAUGCAAAAGUGUCACAUCUUUUUAGUUAUGUUUUUAACACUAACGCCUUUUUUUAUCACUGAUAUCCUCACUUGACAAAAAUGUCCCAGGCUGGCGGACCUGGUCUGAGGUGUAGUCUUACAGUAUGGAUGAACUCUGUGUCAGAGACACAAGAGUGGAAGUGAGGGGGGGAGGGAGGGUGACAAAGCAAAUUACUAUAAUGGAGCCGAAAGACCCUCUCCCUGCGUAUGACAGAGAGAAGGCCAGAGUGCAGUUUCAUCAGUGUGCAUUACUGUCAAGCUAACAGAGGAGAAACCAUAAUUACACUUUCCUCUGGGGGGCUCGCUCCAUUAAGGUUUGUACAGAGGCCCGUUACCGUGUUUGGCUUGUCUGGCCAUGUCAUACACGCACCACAGACAGGAAAUGGAUGAGGAUAAUGGAUGCAUACUUAAUGGACCUUCCUGCUGCUGAUUUCACUGUGUUUACUCCUAGACUUGACAUGCCAACGUCUCCUUUGUUUCCAUCGCCCUGUUGAAAGAUUUAGAAAACAGAAGCUUGUAUUUCUGGGAAUGAUGUGCUGACAGCCGCUCUACAGUAAAGUCUCACAGUUGUCUCUGGACAGUAGGACAUACUCGUUCUUAUAUGGAAAAUAUGUGUUUUAAGAGCUGUAAAGAGUAAUUGUGGUAACAGGAUAGCAUUCAAAUUGAUGAGUGUAAUGGAGAUGUCAAUAUUUGUUUGUAUGUGUGGAAUGAAUAAUACCUGAUGAUACCAGACUGUUGGUAUGUAACCCCUUUUGAUAAUUCAUGAACAGCCUUGUCUUGAAAAUGUUCAAUUUUAUUUCGACAUACAACACUGUUAUCAGAACAAAAAAUACUUAUGUACAUAAAUAGGCAACCGAAAAUGUACAGUCUUACACAAAAAAAAAAGCAGUCCGUCUGAGUAAUAGUCAGUACAACUUUUAUCACAUGUGCAUUAUUGGUAUGUUUAUGGGAGACAAAAUGUUAUAGCAGUCCAUAAAUUAAAAUGAAAUAAUAAUAAAAAAAUCCCAUUCAAAACCCGA